AUGCGUCGUCAUGGCAGGUCCAGUGGAGGUCCUACCAAGGCCGUCUCGCCCUUGUCCGACACUGUAUCCCUCAUACGUUCGUUCGAUUCGGUCAUGAACCCAAACCGACCCGCGCGUCCCUCACCCUUGGCCUCCUCCCACAUCAAAGCUUUGCCCUUGGAACUGGUAGAUCGGUUGCGGUCUUUCCCGCUGUUUCAAGCUACUCCGGAAUCCUUUUUGAUCGAGGUCGGACAGCACCUGCGCCCACAGCUCCACGCACCCAACGAUUAUAUUUUGACGGAAGGCGAUGAGGCAAAGGCAAUAUACUGGCUGGUGCGGGGUGCCGUCUCGGUCACAUCUCGGGAUGGCGAGAGUAUAUACGCCGAACUCCAACCCGGUGCGUUCUUCGGGGAGAUUGGAUUGCUCAUGGACCGUCCUCGCACUGCGACCAUUAUCGCCCGGACUCGAUGCAUGCUGGUCGUGCUGACAAAAGACGAUUUUCGGAAUAUAUUGCCUCGGUUCCCGGAGGUUGAACGGGCGAUCCGGGAGGAGGCAGAGGAGCGGUUGAUGAUUUUAGAAAAGAAAAAAAAAGAAACCUCCGCGCCUGCUCUGGAUCUGCCGAGCCCGGCACGAAGAGGUUCAAAAAGACUGCGCGAGAGCUUUUCAAAAGACCUAGCUGUUAUAGAGGAUGAUGGGGACUUGAGCGCCAAGUCUGUGUACAAGAAGAGGAAGUCACCGAGUCCCGGUCGGCGAGAUGGCUCUAGUGCAUUGGCAAAUGGAUUGGUCAAUGUACGUCUCUUACUUAAAGAGCUGCCGCUUUUUUCUGGGCUGCCUGCCGAUAUCCUCCACUAUCUUGGUCUUAACGCCCAGCCGCGAUCUUUCCCUCCAUUUACCGACAUCAUACAACAAAAUUCUCAGGGCCGUGAGCUCUACUUCAUUGUUCGCGGCGAGGUCGAGGUUCUUACGGAAAAGGCGGAGACGACCCACCCAGCAAACAGAAACAGCCCAAAUGGACACAUUGAACGGCCGGGAAUUGAGGUCAAAGCUAGGCUGAAGCAAGGCCAGUACUUUGGCGAGGUGGUCAGCCUAGAUUUGGCACCUCGAAGAACCGCUACAGUUCGAUCUGUGACUUCAGUUGAGUGUUUGAUGCUCAGCGGUGACGUCCUUGCUGAAUUUUGGGAGAAAUGCCCUAGUGACGUGCGGGAACAAGUUGAACGCACUGCCCAAGCAAGGCUCCAGGCGGCAGCCGAUGGUGAUAUUGUCAUGUCUGACGAGGCGGACUCGCAACCAUCUAUUGGUAAUCUUGCCCUCGACGACAAAGUCAAGAUCGCAUCAUCACGGCGACGGUCAAUGCCACUACUUACCCUCACUGAAACCGAACUGGAUGGACCACAUCAGUCCUCGCAUGUUGAAGACCAAGACCAGGAUGUGUUGCGGCCCUCCGAUCCCGACCCAUACCUCAGCAUUGGCCUUGAUAAAGUUCGGAUGCGAAGUCGACGCGGCUCGCUAGCACCGUUAUCCCCCGAGGAAGUAUCAGGGGAGCAGCAGCGCUCAUCUCCUACGGAGCCGCGCUCUGCCAGUUCUUCGACCCUUGCCCUUCCCGAAACUGCUAGCCCCUUUAAGUCAUAUCAGACCGAACGGCCCCGGAUCGAUGGCUCCAAUGGAGUACUCCCAGAUAGUGUCCUGCUGAGCAUUUUCCAACAUCUUGAACUCCAUCACCUUCUUCGGAUUAGGGCUGUGUCGUCCCAUUGGUCAGAGCUCUUAACCAGAUCUGCGGACGUGAUUCACGAUCUAGAUUUGAGCGUCUACAGCCGCAGGAUUACAGAUGAUGUUCUUGUGAAAAUUAUCUGUCCCUUUGUCGGCAAUCGAGCUCGGUCGGUCAAUAUCAAUAAUUGCUUUCACAUGACCGACGAAGGCUUCAUGGCACUGGCCGCGACCUGCGCCCCAAAUACCACCGUGUGGAAGAUGAAGAGUGUGUGGGAUGUCACGGCCUCUGCCAUUCUUGACAUGUCCAGCAAAGCCACUAAUAUGCAGGAGGUAGACUUGAGCAAUUGCCGCAAGGUCGGAGAUACACUUCUCGCUCGGAUCAUUGGAUGGGUAGUGCCCGCCGACCAGAAGAUGGGCGAGAAACAGUCAUCGAUCAAACCCACAAUCCAGACAGCAGAAUGUAUGGUGUACGGCUGUCCAAAGUUGAAGAAGCUCACACUCUCUUACUGCAAACAUGUCACUGAUCGAUCUAUGCAUCAUAUUGCGUCUCACGCCGCUGGUCGGAUUGAGGAAAUGGAUUUGACUCGUUGCACCACAAUCACAGACCAAGGGUUCAAAUACUGGGGGAAUGCUCAGUUCACCAACCUGCGAAAGCUUUGCUUAGCGGACUGCACGUAUUUGACGGACAACGCCAUCGUGCAUCUCACUAAUGCAGCCAAAAACUUGGAGGAAUUAGAUCUGACUUUCUGCUGCGCAUUGUCAGAUACAGCAACCGAGGUCCUUGCUUUGCAAUGCUCACAUUUGAAGUAUCUCAACAUGGCUUUCUGCGGCUCUGCAAUUUCCGACCCCUCACUCCGGAGCAUCGGUCUCCACCUACUUUCUCUUCAACAUUUAUCGGUCCGUGGUUGUGUUCGAGUCACUGGAGUGGGUGUCGAGGCUGUUGCGGAGGGCUGUCAUCAACUCCAGGUUUUUGAUGUCAGUCAAUGCAAGAAUCUCGGACCCUGGCUUGAGGACGGUGGUGCUGCCCACUACCAGCCGAGAGUCGAAUUUAGAACUGUCGCCGCCAACAAAAAACUUCCUCGGUGA